GGAGUUCAAGCCAUUUUGGCUCAAGGCAAUUGCGCAGGAGGAGGAGGAGGAGGAGGUGCGAUGCCUUGUCUUUUCUUUUCGGAUGCUGGACAUCGGUCGAGGGUCUCGAGAAGGCGCUAUUUCCCUCGGAGAGUCGAUCAAUAAUUGCGGCCGGACAACACAAUGGAGCGCAGCACUGCGGUUGCUCCGCGAAGGAAUUCGAUUGGGUGCGCAACUUGUCCCAAGCCACUACGUUGCGACUGUCAGCGCAUGCAGAAAAGGUGGGCAAUGGCAACACGCGCUGUCAGUACUAAGCGAGAUGUGGGAGGCGAAGCUGGAGCCCAAUGCCAUCAGCUACAGCGCUGGGAUCAGCGCGUGCGCGAUGGGCGAGCAGUGGCAGCGGGCGCUGCAGUGGCAGGGGGCGCUGGCGCUGCUGAGCGAGAUGCGGGAGGCGAAGCUGGAGCCCGACGUCAUCAGCUACAGCUCUGGGAUCAGCGCGUGCUCAGCUACAACGCUGGGAUCAGUGCGUGCGAGAAGGGCGAGCAGUGGCAGCGGGCGCUGGCGCUGCUGAGCCAGAUGCGGGACGCGAAGCUGGAGCCCGACGUCAUCAGCUACAGCGCUGGGAUCAGCGCGUGCGAGAAGGGCGAGCAGUGGCAACGGGCGUUGGCGCUGCUAAGCGAGAUGCGGGAGGCGAAGCUGGAGCCCACCGUCAUCAGCUACAGCGCUGGGAUCAGCGCGUGCGAGAAGGGCGAGCAGUGGCAGCGGGCGCUGGCGCUGUUGACCGAAAUGCGGGAGGCGAAGCUGGAGCCCGACGUCUGCCCUAGUCAGCUACAACGCUGGGACCAGUGCGUGCGAGAAGGGCCAGCAGUGGCAGCGGGCGCUUGCGCUGUUGAGCGAGAUGAAGGAGGUGAAACUGGAACGCAACGUAAUCAGCUAUUGCGCUGGUAUCAGCGCGUGCGAGAAGGGCGAGCAGUGGCAGCGGGCCCUGGCGCUGCUGAGCGAGAUGCGGGAGGCGAAGCUGGAACCCGACGUCAUCAGCUACAGCGCUGGGAUCAGCGCGUGCGAAAAGGGCGAGUCGUGGCAGCGGGCCCUGGCGCUGUUGAGCGAGAUGAAGGAGGUGAAGCUGGAGCCCGACGUCAUCAGCUACAGCGCUGGGGUCAACGCGUGCGAGAAGGGUGGGCAGUGGCAACAGGCGUUGAGCAUUCUCAGAACCAUGCGUCUGAGAAGGUUGGACGUUGGCUUCACGGCCUACGGAACUACAGCCAGCAUGUGCGAGCAAGGCGGGCAAUGGAGCCAAGUGCUGCUUUUAUUGAGGGAGGUGCGUGACCUAGUUGCAGGGGAAUGAUACAAAACAUGCAGUGUUCGACACAUUACUUUGGGUUCAGGUGCAUCGCUGGGACCAGCUCGUGGGAAAUGGGCGAGCAAUAGCCGACGGCUCUGGCGCUGUAGAGCGAGGUGUGGGGGGCGGCGAAGCAGCUGGAGCCCGAAGCCAUCAGCUACAGCGUUGGGAUUGCAGCGGGCCCUGGCGCUGCUGAGCGAGACGUGGGAGGCGAAGCUGGAGCGCAACGUAAUUUAUACUCUAACACCGGCGGAGCCGCGUGCCAGAAUGGCGGGGGACCCAGUGUGGCAAAACCGCCCCAGGACAUGUCGAGAGGGCCCCCAGAUUUCCCCAAGACGGCCCCGGAGCGCGAAGGGCGAGCAGUGGCAGCGGGCCCUGGCGCUGCUGAGCGAGAUGCGGGAGGCAAAGCUGGAGCCCAAUCCCUAGUCAGCUAUAAUGUUGGGAUCAGCGCGUGCGAGAGUGGCGAGCAGUGGCGGCGGUCCCUGGCGCUGCUGAGCGAGAUUUGGGAGGCGAAGUUGAAACCCAAUGUCGUUAGCUACAGCGCUGGGAUCAGCGCUUGCCAGAAGGGCGAGCAGUGGCAGCGGGCCCUGGCGCUGCUGAGCUCUCUUGAUGCUCCACCACCACCUCCACCAUGCAGCCGAGCACCCAGAAAUACGCGUGGGCAUAAGAGCGCGCGAUUGGCAGCCCUUCGUGAAUUACAAAGUGAGAAUCAUAAUAAGAAGCGCUUCGCGACUGUGAAGCAGGAAAAGGGAGCGCCCGACUGUGAAGCAGAAAGUGGGCCGCCCGCGAGUGAGACA